AUGGGAAGCUCUGCAUCGAGGCCAGCACGGAAGCUCACCAAGAACAUCGUCAAUACUGACAAGAUUCUGAGGAGUUCCAGGGCACAUCUUCCACCCAAGGAGCUCAAGGAGCAAUUCGAGAGAUCAGCAGAGGGAGGGCAGGAGACGCCGAAGGGCCCAGAAAAGACAAAAAAGGAGGGUACUGAAAGUCAGAAGGAGACUUCUAAGGUACCAUCGCAGCACAGGUUCCAGCAGCAGUCGCCACAGGGCCAGGGUAAUGUGCCACACGGAAAGGAUGGUAUGGAUCCUACAGCCGACCAGGCGUUUAUUGAUUCGAUUAGUAAGCUUGGACGCCAGAUUAAGAGUGAAGAUGCUGCAGGGCCAAAUCAGCAACAAUUGGAUGUGAGAGCGUUGAAGCAGCUUCUUAAUAGGAAAGCGCUUUAUGAAAAGGGCCAGAAAGAGGUCAAGGACCAGCUUGAUUCCCAGCAGCCACAUUCACGAACGAUGAUACACCCAAAGACGCUUACAGCUAUUUUGAACGCUUUCCACGAUGAAGGCGUGACGAACGAGAGAGUGUUGAAGGAUUACGAGUUGAGCGGUGACUUCCUCCAGAAUCUUAAUAGGUUUAAGGUCGCUCAGAAUAUCGUGCCGCUUCAGGAAGACACAAAGGAGGACGAAGUUGGUCCAAGGACCGAGAGAGACCGUUUGAGAGUCCUGGAGACAGACGAGGAGAGGACCACCGAGGGCGACAUCGAGAACGAGCGGUUGAAGGUCUUGAGAAAGCGUCUUGAAUAA